AAACAUUGAAGCAGUUCCCUCAUCGCCUUUCGAGGUAGGUUAUGCAUUUUGCUUGCAGUCUGCAGGCGCUGCUUCCACGGGUUCAAAUUCCUCUCUUUCCCUUUCGUUUUUUUCAUUUUGUUUUUGGGCAAGAACAGGUUCGUCCUUCAAUUUUGCGUUCCAAUUUCCGAAGUGAACUGUUCUUUAGUUCGAUAAAAGAAAAGAAAAAAAGAACAGAAAAAUUGGGAGCAAGAUCGAUUUGAUAAGUUUAUGCAUUCGAUGCGGUUUUGAUUCCCACAGACGCGGCAAUGGCUGGAAAGUCGCGACCCAGGAUGAGGAAACUGUCUAUAUACCUUUAUGUUCCCAAUAUCAUUGGCUACAUAAGAGUUCUCUUAAACUGCAUUGGCUUUGCCUAUUGCUUUUCCAACAAAAAUCUUUUCUCCAUUCUCUAUUUUAUCAGCUUUGUGUGUGAUGGCUUGGAUGGUUGGUUUGCCCGCAAAUUUAAUCAAGUUUCCACCUUUGGAGCUGUUCUGGAUAUGAUAACAGACAGAAUUAGCACUGUUUGCCUACUAGUUAUCCUUUCCCAAGUAUACAGGCCAGGUUUGGUGUUCUUGUCAUUGGUUGCCUUAGAUAUUGCCAGCCAUUGGCUGCAAAUGUACAGUACUUUCUUGUUAGGCAAGGCUAGUCAUAAAGAUGUUAAAGACAGCACUAAUUGGCUUUUCAGAGCAUACUAUGGGAAUCGGAUGUUUAUGGGUUAUUGUUGUGUAGCAUGCGAGGUUCUUUAUAUAAUUUUAUUUCUUCUUGCGGACAGUCAAACUGAAAAUGUGGCUGAUGUUCUAAUGGGUGCUAUGAAAGAGAUUUCACUUCUUUCAGUUCUAGUUGUUCUGGCUCUGUUUGGAUGGGCAAUCAAGCAAACAGUUAAUGUUAUACAGAUGAAGACCGCGGCAGAUAUAUGCGUGCUUUAUGACAUCAACAGAAAACAGGGGCGUUAGUGUUCAUUAUCUGUUCCAAGGAUUGGGAAGCGUCCCACUGCUCAACCACUGGUGCCAUUGUCAUGUCAUAACAAAAUGAACAUCACUAAAUUUUGGUGGAUAUGCUACUGUAAAAAGUGAUGGGAAUCCUUACAUGGUAUGUUUGUUUUGUCUGUUUUUAAUGUUUAUGUCCUCAAUCCAUUCUUCGACUUAGUUGGCCGCAUUAGAAUGACAGCAGUGAUACAAUUUUACAUUUACAAUGAGAAUUUUGCAUUUUGAGAACUUCAA